AUGAAAUCAUCCAUACUUCCAGCGGAUGUUUGCGACGGACUUAACACAAAGACGUCCAUCCAUCCCAGUGGUGGCGCUGACCUUGAGUCACAACAAGAGGCGUCUAUGGGUAACUUGCUGGAAGAGUCACCUCUGACGAUUCCCAUUCAUCCCUUAGCGGUCAAGCCGACUGGGAACUUGUAUACGGCUACUUCAAAUGCCAGAACUUCUAUUGGCUCAUUUCAACUAUUCCCUGAUGAAGUUAUUGCAAUUUUCUUGGAAUAUCUUGAUGCCAGCCAAUUGUGUUUGCUAGGGUCUACAUGCAAGUUUCUGUAUGCUUUCUGUAGAUCAGAUGACGUGUGGAAGACCCUGUUCAUUGAGUAGGUGAUAUCGUUUUUUUGUCAUAGCAAACUGGUGGGAUUUUGGAAUUUUAUUUGCAAGUAAUUACCAUACUAAUUGACAUUCAGAUCACCAAGAUCCUUUAGUGGUUCUUUCGUCUGGCGAGGAACAUGGCGCUCUACAUUUCUUUCCAUGAGUAAAGAACAUCUCUCACAGAUCCAAUGUGACAAUGUAUUCUCAGAUGUCUUAUUCAGACCCUUUCUCUGUACCCACACAUCGCUGCUUCCAUACAGUUCAAACAUCCCUGCUAAAAAUGCAAUUCCUCGCCUCAAAAACCUCUCUCCAUCAGAAUUCUCAGACACUUGGAGCGACAAACCCUUUAUUCUCACAGAACCAGUUCGCCAAUGGCCAGUCUUCAAGACCUGGGAUAUUGAGUACCUCUUGGAGCAAUAUGGGGAUGUCAAAUUCCGAGCCGAAGCAGUGGAUUGGUCUUUGAAUACCUACGCCCGUUACAUGCGCAACAGUGCCGAUGAAAGCCCUCUCUACCUAUUCGACAGAAGCUUCGUCGAGAAGAUGAACCUCCAAGUCGGCAAAGACUCACCAUCCUACAAAGUUCCCGAAUGCUUUGGCGAAGAUCUCUUCGCGGUCCUCGGCGACCAACGACCAGACGACAAAUGGCUUAUCAUCGGUCCAGCCCGCAGUGGUUCUACAUAUCACAAAGAUCCCAAUGCUACAAGUGCAUGGAAUGCAGUAUUACGAGGCUCCAAAUACUGGAUCAUGUUUCCUUCCGGCCCUUCGAGUCCACCACCACCAGGAGUAUACGUUUCAGAGGACCAGAGCGAAGUCACGAGCCCUCUUAGUAUUGCAGAAUGGCUUCUAGAAUUCCACGCCGAAGCUAGAAGGACACCAGGAUGCUGUGAGGGCGUUUGUGGUGAAGGAGAGGUUCUCCAUGUUCCUAGUGGGUGGUGGCAUCUAGUAGUAAAUCUUGACGACAGCAUUGCUAUUACCCAAAACUUCGUUCCCCGCAGUCACUUACCUAGCGUUAUCUCAUUCAUGAGAGACGACACAUCCGAUCGAAUUUCUGGAUUUAAGAAAGACGUCACUGAUCCUUAUGGACUUUUCAUAGAUCAGAUGAGAAAACAGCAUCCGGAUUUGUUGGAGCAAGCACUAGAAGAGUUGACUAAACAGGCUGAGGGUAGGAAGAGAAAAUGGGAUCUGGCAGUUGGGAAGGAAGAAGAUACGAACGGUGGGUUCAGUUUUGGCUUUGGAGAUGAUAGUGAUGAGGAAGUUCCAUAG